GCCGCUCGGAGGCCGCCGCCGCGAUGCUCCCCUCCUUGCAGGAAUCUCUGGAUGGGGAUGAAAAGGAGCUAGAGAGCAGCGAGGAGGGAGGCUCCGCGGAGGAGCGGAGACUCGAGCCGCCGUCCAGCAGCCACUACUGUCUCUACAGCUACCGCGGAAGCAGAUUGGCACAACAGCGAGGGGACAGUGAUGAUGGAAGCCCAAGCGGCACAAAUGCAGAAACGCCCUCUGGUGAUGAUUUCAGCCUCUCCUUGGUGGGUACUAAUCUGCCAUCGGAAGUGGAGCCAGACCUGCGUGGUUUCAUUGCUAAGCGUCUUGCUAAGGGAGCAGUAUUUGAAGGGCUGGGUAAUGUUGCAUCUGUGGAGCUGAGGAUUCCAGAAUCCCGAGUCGGUUGUUAUUACUGUCUUUUCCAACAAGAAAAAUUGCUUCCUGAAGCAGCAACAGUGGACUCUGAACAUAACGCUUCAGAGUAUGUGGUCUGUUUUUUAGGAGGGUCUGAAAAAGGACUUGAGCUUUUCAGGCUUGAAUUGGACAAGUAUAUUCAAGGGCUGAAAAAUAACAUGAGCUGUGAGGAAAGGGGCCUGGAGAACCACAUAAAAUCCUACCUGAGCAGCUGGUUUGAGGAUGUUGUAUGCCCAAUCCAAAGGGUGGUUCUUCUCUUUCAGGAGAAGCUUACCUUUCUGCUACAUGCCGCUCUGAGUUAUACUCCUGUUGAAGUUAAAGAAUCAGAUGAAAAAACAAAGAGAGACAUUAACAGGUUUCUGAGUGUGGCCAGUCUUCAAGGCCUUAUUCACGAAGGCACCAUGACGUCCUUGUGCAUGGCCAUGACCGAGGAGCCACAUAAAUCCGUGGUCAUCGAUUGCAGCGGCUCCCAGCCUCAGUUCUACAAUGCAGGAAGCAACCGGUUUUGUGAGGACUGGAUGCAGGCUUUUUUGAACAGCACUGAAGGAGGUAACCCUUUUCUUUUUCGACAAGUACUGGAGAACUUUAAACUAAAGGCCAUACAAGACACAAAUAAUUUGAAGAGAUUUAUCCGACAGGCAGAAAUGAAUCAUUACGCUUUGUUUAAAUGUUACAUGUUCCUGAAGAACUGUGGUAGUGGAGAUAUCCUUUUGAAGAUUGUUAAAGUGGAACACGAAGAAAUGCCUGAAGCCAAAAACGUGGUGGCUGUCCUUGAAGAAUUUAUGAAAGAAGCUCUUGUCCAAAGUUUUUGAUCACAUGUUUUGAGAUCAUUGUAUUGUGAAGUUGUACAUUCCAGCCUUGGUGUUUGAAACUGCGGUUGUUGUAAUUGUCAUAGGAUUGCUACUGAAGAUUAUUUCAGACACAUUCUAGAGUUCUUCAUUUCGUACUUUUAAAAUUUAACUUACUUAGACCUAAAAAUCUGAGGACCAUUUUCACUGAGUCUUAGAUGUGUGUUAGAGUUGUGGAAUUUUAGUGCACUGCUGGCCCCAUAAAUUCUAGGCCUUGGGGGUUGAUGCUCAAAAAUCUUGAAAGGUAAUUUUGUGGCUUCUCUGAGGAGUUGGCUGCAGUAGUUAGCAAUUUUUCCUCCCAGAAAAAUUGUGAUACUCCUUUCUCAAUGUACUAUAGCUUCUU